UUUAGUGUCUCCACAAUAUGAUUGGUUUUACAUGGGGAAAGGGUGAACACAUAAUUGUAAAUGAGUACACUUGAUAUAACUCAUGUGGGUAGCUUUGGAGACUCUGCUAGAACUACUCGCAUGACUUCACAAGAAGUCCCAUGUUAUGUGCAUAUCCCAUCAUUGAUUGUGGUUAGCGCUGUCGUAUCCAGUGGUGGAAAAAGUACCCAAUUAUCAAACGAGUAAAAGUAAAGAUACCUUAAUAGAAAAUGAUUCAAGUGAAAUUCACCCAGUAAAAUCCUACUUGAAUAAAAGUCUAGAACUAUUUUGUUUUAAAUAUACUUAAGUAUCAAAAGUAAAUGUAAUUGCUCAAAUAUACUUAUUAUAAAAUAUACUUAAAAUAUACUUAUCGUAUUAAAAGUAUAAAUAAUAAAACAUUCCUUAUAUUAAGCAGACCAGACGGCACCAUUUUAAUAAUUAUUAUAUAUAUAUAUUUUUUAAUUUGCGGAUAGCCAAGGGCAAGCUCCAACACUGACAUAAUUUACAAACGAAGCACGUAUUUAGUGAGUCCGACAGAUCAGAGGCUGUAGGGAUGACCACUUCCCUUGAUAAGUUUGUGAAUUAGACAAUUUUCCUGCCCUGUUAAGCAUUCGAAAUGUAACAAGUACUUUUGGAUGUCAGGGAAAAUGUAUGGAGUAAAAAGUACAUAAUUGUCUUCAGGAAUGUAGUAAUGUUAAAGUAAAAUACAAAUAGUGAAGUACAUAUACCCCAAAAACUACUUAAGAAGUACUUUCAAGUAUUUUUACUUAAGUACUUUACACCACUGGUCGUAUCUGAAUCCAGAACCUAGGAACUACUUGUGGAAUAGGUUGAGUAAAUUAAAUGUAUUGUAAAUAUAUUAAACACUUACUAUAGGCCUAUAUGAUUUUGAAAUGAUGCCAUCAUACUAGUUUAGAAACUUGUUUUUUCCCAGAACUGGCUAUAAGUUCCUUUCUAAUAAUGACAUUCCAUCCUAGGCUGUGGUUCCUCUUACUCCUAUUUCAUUGGCCUAGCACUAGAUUGUGCUCUGCUGAUGUGUUUAAAAUGUUUCCAAUUUAGUUGUGGCCCUGAAUCACAAAUCUCAACACAGAAGUCUGGUAAAACCUCUAUUUUCUAUGAAAUAUUUUAACAUUUCUGACAUAACGGAUUGUCAUACCAUCACAGUAGGAUAGUCUAGCUGUAGCAUGCUACCACCAUAGACAAGCUAUUUCUGUGGCAUGCUGUAGCCCACCACUCUGCCAUCGGAGUGUGAACAAAACUGACAAUGUCCUUAGUUUGUGGAGACACUAAUUUCUAAGUACUUCAUGGUAUCUGCUCAAUGUCUGUGUUUGGAAAUCCUCAAAUAACUAGACAUUAAAGUUAGGAAACCCUGUCAUUCUUUGCUCCUGGGUAACAGAGGAGGCAGAGAUCUGUGGAAAUAGUAAACCAGUAUUGCAACUGUAGAGAAACCGACACCAGGGACUGGCCUGUUCACUUAGUCUUGAAUGGACUCAGUCCAACCAUAUUUCACUACUGAAAAUAGGCCGUGUUCUUGGACUGGACAUUGUGAAGCACCUCUGCUUGUUUUUCAGCACCAGCUCUCCUCAACCUCUCUCUCUUUCUGAGUGCGAAUUACACUGUGACAUUCGGGGUGGUCUCUUGGGUGAAUUUUUUUAAAGGGGAUAAUAAUGAUAAUAAAGAUGUCAUUUAAUGGUAAAAAUUGAUUACCUUUUAAUGUGGCAUGCACACAGCCAGUCAUGGUUUUCAUCUGAUCAACAAAACUAAGGAGAUGAUUGUGGACUUCAGGAAACAGCAGAGGGAACACCCCCCUAUCCACAUUGAUGGAACAGUAGUGGAGAGGGUAGUAAGUUUUAAGUUCCUCGGCGUACACAUCACAGACAAACUGAAUUGGUCCACCCACACAGACAGCAUCGCGAAGAAGGCACAGCAGCGCCUCUUCAACCUCAGGAGGCUGAAGAAAUUCGGCUUGUCACCAAAAGCACUCACAAACUUCUACAGAUGCACAAUCGAGAGCAUCCUGUCGGGCUGCAUCACCGCCUGGUACGGCAACUGCUCCGCCCACAACCGUAAGGCUCUCCAGAGGGUAGUGAGGUCUGCACAACGCAUCACCGGGGGCAAACUACCUGCCCUCCAGGACACCUACACCACCCGAUGUCACAGGAAGGCCAUAAAGAUCAUCAAGGACAACAACCACCCGAGCCACUGCCUGUUCACCCUGCUAUCAUCCAGAGGGCGAGGUGUUGGACGGAGCAGGUCUGGAUGUCGACUUCUCCCUGUCAUCUCCUACUGGACACGUUCUGUACAGCGAACACCGCAAAUCAGACGGAGUAUACACAUCAUCUUCUUCGAGCUUCUCUUGGACAACAUGGAACAGGAAGGGGAGGAGCCAGAGGACUGGAAGGAGUACGUCCAUGGGACCGACAUGUUGGACAUGAAGCUGGAGGACAUCAUGGACACCAUUAACAGUGUUAAAGCCCGGCUGGGGAAGAGCCUUCAAAUACAGACUGUGCUCAAAGCGUUCGAGGCUCGCGAUCGCAACCUCCAGGAGUCCAACUACGACCGGGUCAACAUGUGGUCCAUGACCAACAUGCUGGUGAUGAUGCUGGUGACGGGAGUGCAGGUCUACCUCAUCCGUGCCCUGUUUGAGGACAAGAGACACGCGCGCACGUAACACCCCGCCCACUGGGAAGGGCCAGGGAGAGACGGACAGCUCUGUCUACACCUGCCAGCCAAUAGCGAGCAGGACUGUUGGUGAAGAUGAGAUUGUAACUCAUCAGAUUUUUAUGUACAACACUCACACACUCAUACGUUACAUCACACAUCCGUACAGACACAAAUGCCAUACCUGUCCAGUCUCUUCCUCUGCUCUGUUCUCCUCUGUCUAGCUGCUGUUGGUCAGAGGGUCUGUGGUAUCUGCUCUAUCUAUCUAAUAAUCAGUGGCGGGUGAAACACCAGCCAGACCUUCAGUUAUUGGUGUUUAAAAGCGAGCGUAAAUGAACAAGUAUUUCUAAUUUAAUAUGUUAAUGUGACCUCUAAACUUUUUCUUCCAGACACUGAGGUGUGUGACUGUCCUGUCUCUGUGUCACGUCUUUCGAGGUCUUCCAGUAUGUGACCUGUGAGUCAUGUUGCGAAACACUUUAUUGUAGAGUAGGUUAUUGAUACGGCCUUUCACCCUCUCACUCUCUUUCAAAAACACACUCAUUCUCACACACACACAAUCUCUUACUCACACACACUCAAACCCACACACUUCUUCAUUGAAACCGCUGCUGUCUGCCAGUUCCAGCGAAUGGAGAAGUGGAGUAGGGGAAAGGGAAUGGUUCCAUAUGUAACUCUCUAAAUCACGGCUGUUCUCUUCUACUCCCUCCUUUUCAUCCUCCUAUAACUCUGUCCUGAUGGUCUGUCAGACUUAGUGCUGACAGGAGAGUCGGGUUUCAGUCAUACAGGCAGAAGCGAAAUGGAACCUGCCCUGCCCCUUUCGCUUUCUUUUUCUCUUGUGACAGAAAUAGAAUGCUAUCUAACACACAGCUGUGUCAUCACAGCAAUCACACGCUGCACCUGGGGGGUAAAAGAGGCAGGGAAGGUUGUGGGAAAAGGGUUGCGGGUGACUGAAGGAGGUGGGAGUGGUUGGGAAAUCAACUAAUUGACUGUUAUUUGGCUUUAUUUUAUUGUUUUGUAGCUCUGUUAUAUACGCACUUGGACAAACAUACAGAUGUGAUUGAUGCACUGAGAUAUGUGCCAACAUUUUGGAGCUGCUGACACAUUUGUCUGAUUUCUCUCUCUAACUGCUAUGUCACAAAAUAGUUUUUCUAUAAAUACGCAAUGCGCUGCUGUGUUGAUGAGUAACACCCCACCGCCAUCUUGUGGCUGGACACCAAACUGCUCAUGCAAAACAACGUGACUUUUUUUCACCUCUCGGACUGAAGGGUAUACUACAAAGCAUGCUCAAUGAAAUAGCCAGGUAACUUUGAUAAAUAAUCAGAUAGUUAUUGGUUUUCUGGUUAAUUUAAGAAUGUUAAAUGUAUAUAUGCUUGAAAUGGGCAUAUCUAAAUGUCAGCUAGAUAAUUCAUUGAACCUGCUUUGUAGUAAAGCCUUCUGGCUUUCAACCUAUCCCUGCUUUGAGAUAUUAAAUAAGCAAUAAUACAGUGCGGCAGUAUCCACUCUUUCUCCACUUUUACAAUGGGAGAGUAACUUACUAUACAAUAACAAAGUGAUGUUCAAAGGGUCUUGCAUUGUGCCAUUAUGAGCCCCCUCCGUCUCAGUUACAGCUUCUCUAAGCCAAUUACAAUGGGUUGUAUAUUGCCACUGUCUGUCUCUGCCCACCAUUUUGUGUCAAAGUAUUUUAGCUGAUGCUCAGGCAAGCAUCACCAUGGGAGAUUAAUCAAUAAAAUGAAUAUUUUUAUUUUAUAGAAUGUCAUUGAUGCUCUUCUCCAACCUUUUUUGUUCCUUUCUGCACAAGACAAUGAUGGCCUCUAAUGAACAAAAAACUCAAUGCUUUGAACCUACAGACAAGAUGUUUAGGAGAAGGUGUCUAUUUUACUAACCUUAUGAUGGAACGGGGAGAGUAUAUUUUAGCAAUAAGGCCUGAGGGGUUGUGGUAUAUGGCCAUUAUACCACGGCUAAGGGAUGUUCUUAAGCACGACGCAACACGGAGUGCCUGGAUACAGCCUUUAGCCGUGGUAUAUUGGCCAUUUACCACACAUCCCCAAGGUGCCUUAUUAUAAAUUGGUUACCAACGUAGUAAUUAGACCAGUAAAAAUUAAGGUUUUGUCAUACCUGUGGUAUAUGGUCUGAUGUACCAUGGCUGUCAGCCAACAAGCAUUCAGGGCUUGGACCACCCAGUUUAUAAUCUGAGAUAUACAGACUAAUGUUCUGUAUAUGUAAAUGUGUCAAAUAAAAAAAUUAUACUUUUCUGAA